AUUGAAUGUAGAUGGCGCUGUUUUGAAAAGUGACGUCAUGUUAUUGAUUACAAUUUCUGUAGUCGGCGAACGCCAUUUUGACUUAAGUAAAAAAGUUUGUAAGUGGUGAAAUAACAAUAAAAUCUGUGAACAUCCGUCCUUAAUUACGUUAAAUUUGAUUGUUUUCUUGUUAUUUAUUGUUAACCCAAUUGGACGGACCACGGAAAAAGGUUCGUUCGCUGGGUCCUGUAAAUCUAAAUGGUUGGGUGCAGACAGCAUGUCUACUUUGUCAGGACAAACCUCCAAAGGGGAGAAGACCAAAUCAAAAUAUCAAUCAUUGGAUAUAAAUAAUUUGUACAGAGUUAGCAGGGGCGAAAAUACCGAAAAGACACAGCAAAAAAGUUCAUCAGUAUACAUCAAACAUGGCAUGCAAUCUUUGGGAAAGGUGCCUAGUGCACGCAGGGCGCCCGCUAACCUGCCCUCUCUGAAAUCGGAACACAACGAGACAGGAGCGGCCGUACCGCUGGUGCCGCCCGGCGGUCCAGGAUGGGGAAAGCAGGAAUCGACCACCUCUUCUUCUUCAGCGUCUUCGACGACCAACAGCAAUCCAACAGCGCCCAACACCAACAACUCGAACAACUCGACGAACCACGUGACAAAUCAACCGCCCCAGAAUGUUGCCAACUCAGGUCCGAGCGGCCAAAACAAAGCACCUCCUUCGUUGUUGUCGGGUGCGUCGCCUGCAGGCGCGGCAGACAAGCUUUGGAGUUCCGUGACGAGCGGCUCGGAGCCUUUGCACCACCACCCGCCGCCGUAUCAAAGCCCGCAAUUCCGGCACGAGUUUCCCAGCCUGUCCGCUGGCGAUGGCGGCGCCACACGCACUGGUUCCGAUGCCCCGUACCCUGCGGCGGCCGGCGGCCUGUCGCUCAGGCCGCAGACCGAGGGCUCGUGGUCGCAGGGCGGCGCCAAAUCGGCCGCAGGCGGCGGCGGCGGCCCGCCGCAGCUCGCGCAAACCGCCGCCGCCCACGCCCCGCUGCCGCCCCAACUUAGGACGGUGGUGCCGUCGUUUAUGUACAAGGAACUAGCCAGGCCGUGCAGCUUUCCGCAGUCGCAAAACGACGCGCCGCCGCCGCCGUCGGCGCAGUCGAACGGCGGCAGAGCUUCCGUCGGCGGCAGAGGGCCGCCGCGACUGGCCGACGCCGGCGAAGAAUCCGCCCCGCGACCCAUCAUCAAGGAGGAAGAGCUGAGCCGCAUGGACGAGAUCGGCAGCGACAUGGGCUGGGCCGUGCAGGACGAGAUCGACUACGACCAGAAGCUCGCCUUCAGCGACGACGAGAGCGACCAGAAUAAAAGAAGAGAGCACCGAGAGCAGCAGCAUAAGCAGGCUCCGCAGCAGCAGCAACAACAGCAACAACAGAACAGCAACAGAGAGAGGAGCGACAGCCAUUCCAGCGACGGGGCGAGGAGUUGGGGCAACGCUCGGUCUGGUGGGAACUUCCGCGGGCGCUCUUCCGAAGAAGAGGACAUAAAAAUUCAGCGCCGCACGCAGCAGGAGGUGGACAUGGCGGUGCAAAGGGCGAAGCAGCGCAAGGAGGAGGAGGAGAAGCGUUUCAACGAGGCCAAACAGGGGGCGGCCAAGAAAUUGUUGGAGCUUGAAGAGAAAAUUCAGAAGAGGGACAGGGUGUCGGAGAGUUCCACCGGCAGCGUCACGAAGGUUUCCGUGCAAGAGUUUCAGAAGGAAAUAACCGCCAACGAUGUUAACGUCGACGAUAAGAACAACUUCAGGCAUCUGACGCAGAUCGAGGGCAAGAAUUUCCCGCGGAAGCAUCAGGUUGCCGCUAAUGCUAAACCACCGCCGGAAAAUCGCGGCAACCAACAGAACGGGCUCUUUUCGCGGCACUUCCAGAACGACCUGCCGCCGAGGUUCAAGAAUCAGCGCAACAAUAACAACAACAACUCGCAGCAGCAGCAGCAGCAGCAAGCGAAUUACAGCAGCAACAGAAGCGAGGACGAGGAUCGCUACAAAAGGCAGAGUUCCGAGGACAGCUACAGGAGCGGCGGGCAUUCGGAGACACAAAAGACAGAGGAGAAUCUCUACCGCGAGACUUCUUGGCACAAGGAGAAGGAGAAGAAGGCACUGCGGCACUGCGAGAGCGGCGAGGAGAAGCGGAGCAGGCAGGCGGUGCCGGGGCCGAUCACCAAGGAGCGCAUCGAAGCUGACGACGUGAAGAACGAGAAGAGGCACGUGACGCAGCUGAAGCGCGGGCAGAAACCGCCAGAGAGCGUGAGGACGCGCGAGGAGAGCACCGCGUGGGCCGACGCGGUUCCCACGAUGGAGGACGACGGAAUCGUCGACGAGAAAAUUCAAGCGAAAAAGUCCGACUGCCCGAAGGAUCACGACGCGGAUUACAAGGCUCGCAAUCAGCAGCAGCAGCAGCAGCAGCAACGACAGGCGAGCAGCAAGGGCGGCGGUUGGGGGGAGUACCACCGCUCGGGGGCGCCGUGGAACAAAGGGGGCAGGUUGUCGGCGCAAGCGAGAACGCACAACAAACCGCCCUCGCAGAUGAGCGAUUCGGACGGUUCCCUGGACGAGCACGUCGACGGAAAAAUAAAAAAACCCGACGAUAAAAAUCGCGACGCGAAAAAGAGCGGCGAGUCGUACGUGCCGCGCGGCGAGCCGUCGCGCAUCGGCCGCGGCGGCGGCGGCUUCGCGCGCGCCUCUGGUCGCAUGGGCGGCAUGGGCAAGAAGAUCGACGGCUACGGGCCGCCGCCGAAGAGCCCGUUCGGUCACCACCAAGACAACAAGAAAGACGACAACCCUUCGUCGGUCGGCAUCGACGCGGAGGACAAGACCAAGUUGAGUCAGCAGGCUCUGUCCGCCGGGAUGGGGAUACUACCGCCGCCGCCGCCGCGCGGUAAAGAUGGCAGGAGGGUGGAAAGUCGCAGGGGGAAGUCGCGCAGCAAAAACGACGAGGCUUGCGACGAGCUGUCCGACGAGAAGGACGGUAAAAGAAACGCGAAGCUGGCUCAGCGAGGCGGCAACAGAAGGAGCAACGCGCCGGCGCCGCGAGCCAAUUCGGACGGCAACAAUAAAAGGUACGGGGAAGUACCGCGGCAAAAUUCCAACGGCGUUAAAAAAGACGAGCUGUGCAACGCGAUCGCGGACAUUACGCUGCUGAAGGAGAGCGACGAGAAGGAAAAAAUCGUCGGCGGGGAUUGCGAGGGCUUUCAGGAGGUGAAGAGCAAGAAGAGCACUGGCAAGGAGAGGCAGAAGUCGUCGGAGAAGGUGGGCGGCGCGAAAGGGGAGAAGGAGAAGGCGGCGACGGGCGCGAAAAAGUUGACCGCGCAGCAGAUUCAGAACAUCCCGUCGCUGAUGGCGACGCCGGUGAACCCGCCGCAGACGCUGCCCAAGGCGCAGUUCGAGCGGCCGCGGCAGCAGAAGCUGGCGCCGCGGUUCGCCAAGCAGAAGCUGCAGAAGGCGCAGAUGCAGCAGCAGCAGCAGCACCACUUGCACCACCACCUGCAGCACCACGACGACGCUUCGAAGGGUGGGUACGGCGGGAUGAAGGAGGGCGCGCAGAUGGGCUCGGCGUGGGACAAACCGCUCGGUUCCGGGCAGAUGAGGAGCCAGGGGAUGGUGGACCACGACUUGAUGGGCCCGGUCGCCAUCGACGGGGGAAAGCCCUCGGAGGCCGCCAACGUCCAGCAGCCCGCCGCUGCGGAUAAAUUAAAGUCCCAAGUACAAGACAAAUCCCUUUUGGACGGCACCACCGCGCCGGUAAACACGAUAAUAUUCGAAAACACCAACUUCAAAACCGCGCCGGGCAGCCGGAACUGCAACCCGCCGAGAAGCGAGAAACCUCGAAAACUCGACGACGGCAACCUCGACGCCUCGGUGCUGAGCAACUUCAACAAACCGCUCAACGAGCUGAUCGGCAACGACAAGUCCGACUCGAUACAGCUGCCGAUGUCCUUCAAGGAGGACAACGGCGACAUGAAGCUGGACUUUUUCGACGCCGACCUGUCCACCCUGACCGACGACAAGGCGUGCAAGAACCUGAUCGUGUCGAAGAUGCAGCACGUCGGCCAAAGCGCCAUAUGCACCGCCGACUCGCUCAACAUCAAGAUAGCGUCGGUGAAGAAGGUGUGGGAGACUGCGCCUGAUCGAGGCGUCGCGCAGGACGACGGCAACGUCGCGUUUUCGAGCUCGUUCGCCGCGCCGAACGACGGCAACCUCGAUCCGUCGUGUUCGGUGUUCCAGAAGGCGGACCAAUCGGACGACGUCGGGCAUCACGAGGCGUACAACCAGUCGCCCAAUCAGACCGCCUCCACCACCACGAACGUCUGCAAGGUGAAACCCACGCAGCAGGUGGCCGGAGGCGGGAACCCGGCCGUGCUGGGUUCCGGCGGGCACCAGCAGCACUCCGCCAUGGUCCAGCAAGGCCUGAUGGGCAAUCCGCUGUCUCCGCCUCCGCAAAUGCAGCACGUCGGCCUCGGGCAGCCGCAGGCCUACGGCGCGAGCCAGCACCUCGGCUACCAGGCGAGUUUGGGCGGCAGCACCCAGUACGGCAUGUCGGCCAUACCGUCCCCGCCGACGGUCCCCGUGCUGUACAACUCGUCGCAGCCGCUGGCGGCCGCCGCCGCCGCCGCCAACGCCGCCGGUCUGUACAGCACGUUCCAGAUGGAGGCGGCGGGAGCGGCGGGCGUGCUGGGCGGCCAGGGCCGAUCGCAGUACUCGCAGUACCCGGCCCCGUUCGGCCUCGGCCAGACCGGCUCGGGCGCCUACUCGACGCAGUCGAUGUACCUGCAGACGGCGCCGCCGCCGCACGCGCCGCCGCCCGCCGCUCAGGCGCCGCCGCCGGACAUGUACCAGAACUUCCGGCUGUCGGCGGCGCAGGCGCCGUUCGCCGCCGCGCAGAACCAGCAGCUCAACAGCCCCAGCACCGUUUUGAUAUCCUCCACUUCGAACACCCUCAUGUCUGCUUCCGUGAAGCCCAGCAGCCAGCAGAUCAGUGCAAUAGGAACGAAAGCGGGCGGCGUGGGCCAGGCGUACCAGCAGCAGUCGCAGCAGGGCCAGCAGGUGUACAUGUACGACCCCUCGAUGCAGGCCAACUACAUGUCGAACUUGCAAAGGGGCCCGGCGGGCCCGGUGCAAAACAGCGUGGUGCCCACCCUGCAACCGUCGUCCUCCUAUUACUCCGGAUCGACAGGCGGGCAGAGUGGAUUUUUCCAGCAGCCGGGCGGCAGCUCGAUGGCCUCGGCCUCGCAGCUGCAGCAGCACCAGCAGGGCGCCGCAGCCGGCUACGGGUUGCAAGGCUACAACCAAACGCACACGGGCGUGAACUUCGGCUCGCAGUUCUUGACCACGCCCAUGCAGAUGGCGGCCGCGCUGUCGCAGCAGUACCGCACCGCCGCGGCCGCCGCCGGGUACCUGAAGUCGGGCGGACAGCCGCAGAUGCAGCAGCAGGGCCAGGGGGCCGAUCAGAGGUCGCUCAAGAGCCCCGGAACGCAGGAUCUGUCGUCGGUUUUUUCAGGGUCGCAAAUCCCAUCUCCAAAAUCUCGUCAAACUGGAAAACACCCCCCUCCUCAAUCGAGCCCAACCCAAUCUAAAUAUCUCUAUCAAAAUAUGGGAAAUCCACAAAACAACGUGCAAAGGUAUCCGGCUCCAAUUCAGAGGCCGGUAAGUUUUCAGCAAAAUCUUCAAAGCAACAUGCAAAAGCAUCGGUCAAACAAUGUUGGAAAUAAAAACCCCCGGCAAUUCUACACAGCUCAAAAUCAUUCUCUGACGAGCCAAAACGACAAAGCGGAGGACCCGAAACUGAACGACGCAAAUUCAAAUAUCACGACGAGCAACGCGUCGAACGCGAAACCGCCCCCUGCGGCGGUUAAAUCGGGCCCGGAAAUGAAGGACGCCAUCAAAGAGGAAUCGUCCGCAUUGAAAGAUUAGUGUUUUUAUUAGGACUAAACCGAAAAAGUAUAUUAAGUCUAAAAGUUAUUAUUUUUUUUUAAAUUAUAUUUUGUGUUGGAUGUAACUUAUUUUAUCAGGACGAUUAAUUGUGCGGCGAGGAAAAAAUAAAACACUUGAACGCGCGCUUUGUUAUGCACUAGUGUUUCAUCCAGACACGGUGUUCGGCUGCAUGUAUUUGUGUCUGUCUACUCUCGAUGUGUUCCAACUCUAAAUCUAUUACGAACUAUCAAUUUUGUUUUCAAAGGGAAUCGGUUUCUCUCAGAUUGUGUCGUCAGUUAUCUGCAUAUUUAUUAAUUACUGCACAAUCUUUUGAGCAUAUAAAAAUACAUAAUAAAUAUUAUAAACAGCUAAUUUAGCGAUUGUGUUAGAAGAAAGUAGUAAAAAAAGUUAUGUUGAUGUGCGAGUGAAAGUUUUAUCGGUAUUCUUCACUUGGAACUGUGGAUUUGUUAAAGAACUUUUGUACUCGGGAAGUGAAUGGUAGAAACAAAGACUUGGAAAUUUGCUGUUAUUUCAUUUGAUGCAAAUUUAUCUCAAAAAUAUAUCUUCAAACUAAGAUAUUAAAACACAUUCAAAUAGAAAAGUAAAUGGUUUAAAUAUA